UUAAACAUAAAGUUGAAGAGUUAAAUGCGUGAAGGGUAGACGGACUUUAUAAAAAAUUUGACCUUAGGAUCAUACACAAUAGAUCAGAAACAGAUCCGGUCCGGGGGAAGAAAAAGUCUUCAGCAGUCUUUCUGCAAAUAAAACUUCCGUUCAAUCUUUACUCUCUAAUGGAGACGAGUUUUUCAUCAUUUUAGCUUUGGAAAAACUUCAAUCUCAACCUUCCAUCGAAAUCAAAAUCUUGUUUUUGAAAACGGCAGCUUUUGACGAGAUCUGGUUUACGGAAUGGAAGAAGAGAAAGGAGCGCUGGUGCAGGGCUUGAUCGAUGCGGUGAACCAAAUAGCUUCGAUCGGUGACUACAGUUGCGCCGUGAAGAAGGAGUAUUGCAACCUCGCUAGGAGACUGAAGCUGUUGACGCCAAUGUUCGAGGAGAUUAGAGAAAUCAAAGAGCAAAUCCCUGAAGAAACGGUUAAAGCUUUGGUAUCGUUGAAAGAAGCUCUGGUUUCGGCUAAGGAGUUGCUUAUAUUCGGAAGUGAAGGCAGCAAGAUUUACCUGGUUCUAGAGAGGGAGCAGAUUAUGCAUAAAUUUCAUGAAGUGACAGCUCGAUUGGAGCAGGCUUUGAGUAGAAUUUCCCAUGAGAAUCUUGACAUCCUAGAAGAAGUUAAGGAACAGGUUGAGCUUGUUCUAGCUCAGUUCAGGAGAGCUAAAGGGAGGGUUGAUGUACCUGAUGUUGAGCUGUAUGAGGAUCUAUUGUCACUCUACAACAAGAGCAAUGAUGCAGCAGCAGAUCCAGAGGUACUAAGGAGAUUGGCUGAGAAGUUACAGUUGGUGGGAAUAGCUGAACUUAUGCAAGAAUCUCUAGCUCUACAUGAGAUGGUUUCUGCCAGUGGUGGAGAUCCCGGGGCAAUAUUUGAGAAGAUGUCAAACUUAUUAAAGGAAAUCAAGGAUUUUGUACAGACGGAAAAUCCUAACUUGGAUGCUCCUGCAAGAGAAAAGAAUCUUCCUCCUAGUAGCAGCAGUGCGCAAACAACCACUGUUGCAAAUCACAAGGCCCCAGUUAUACCAGAUGAUUUCCGCUGUCCAAUAUCCCUUGAGCUGAUGAAGGAUCCCGUCAUUGUUUCAACAGGGCAGACUUAUGAACGAUCUUGCAUUGAGAAAUGGCUGGAGCAAGGGCAUCGAACAUGUCCGAAGACACAACAGACUCUUAGUAAUCCUGCUCUUACUCCCAAUUAUGUAUUGCGAAGUUUAAUAGCUCAAUGGUGUGAGGCAAAUGGCAUUGAACCGCCCAAAAGGCCGAGUAGUUCUCAGCCCAGUAAAGCCAAAUUUGCCUGCUCGCCUGCUGAACUUACCAAGAUUCAAAUUCUCCUCUGUAAGCUCUCAUCCAGCAAUCCUGAAGACCAAAGAAUGGCUGCAGGUGAAAUCCGUCUUCUUGCUAAACGCAAUGCAGAUAAUCGUGUAGCCAUUGCUGAAGCUGGGGCUAUACCUCUCCUUGUAAAAAUCCUUUCAACACCUGACUCACGCACCCAAGAACAUGCUGUGACAGCACUUCUUAACCUUUCUAUUUGUGAAGAUAACAAAGGAAGUAUCAUAUCCUCUGGUGCAGUUCCUGGUAUUGUCCAGGUGCUUAAGAAGGGGAGCAUGGAAGCUAGAGAAAAUGCAGCAGCCACCGUCUUCAGCCUUUCGGUAGUGGAUGAAAAUAAGGUGGCAAUUGGCGCCUCGGGAGCAAUCCCUCCACUAGUGACACUGCUAAGUGAAGGCACACAAAGGGGCAAAAAGGAUGCGGCAACAGCACUCUUCAACUUGUGCAUUUACCAAGGGAACAAAGGAAAAACUGUGAGAGCUGGAGUUAUACCUACGUUAAUGCAUUUGCUGACAGAACCUGGAGGCGGAAUGGUGGAUGAGGCAUUGGCCAUACUUGCAAUUCUUGCUAGCCAUCCUGAAGCAAAGUCCGCCAUUGGAGCAGCAAAGGCUAUGCCAGUUUUGGUAGAUUUUAUUGGAAAUGGAUUGCCGAGGAACAGAGAGAAUGCGGCUGCUGUUUUGGUGCACCUUUGUGCCGGAGACCAACAACAUCUAGCAGAGGCUGAGGAACUAGGCGUGAUGAGUCAUUUGGUGGACUUGGCACAAAAUGGUACGGAUAGGGGCAAGCGGAAAGCUGCUCAACUGCUCCAGCGCUUAAGCAGAUUUGUUGAGCAGCAAAAGCGGUCACAGUCCCAAGCUGAGGCCCAAGCAGAGCAGUCCCUAUCUCAGUCUCAUGCUCAGUAGCCAUGACUGCCUCCUGUGCCAAAUGCUGUUGAUGGCCGAGUAUCAUUUUGCCUUAAUUUUAUGUUUGUUUUGGUCACCUUGUUCCAUUCUAUGUAUUUAAAGGAGGCGGCUUUGCUUCAUGGUGGAAGAUCACCUGUCUGACCCCCAAGUUAUUCAUUUGUUUGUGUGGAAGAAUACAUCAUUCACAGAACUAUCGAAGUUUGUAAAGAAAAAAAGAGCGCAAAAGGAAAGAAAAGGUCCGAGUUUGUGCUUAAAUGUAUGUAAAUUUGUACCAUUGUAACAUUGCACGACUGUAAUCAUCCUCAGAUUUUUUAGAGUGAUGUUUCUUGUAUUGCAAUCAAA